UCAGAAGCAUUCUGAGCGUGGAGUUAGUCCGGUAAACAAACGCACAAAACUCGUGACAAGUUUAAUUUCCUUCUAUCAUAUUAUUCGAUUAUUAAACAGAAACCUCCAUUUGAUUGGCUAAAAACUUUACAAUUAGGAAAACAAGCGGGAGAAGUUGACAUCAAUUUGACAACUUGAACGAGAGAAAAGGAAGCGGCUAUAGGACUCAACGCGUGAUUUACAGCUCAUGUGUCAACAUCUGGUUUUAAGGACUGAGAACUAAAGACAAUCUCUUCAAUCCCGACCAUCUCGAGCUGCCGACGUUCUUGGACAUUAUUGCGAACAAGAUGAUGGCAUUAAGAGACAGCACACUAAGCUGGGUGAGCCGUGGAAAUGCAUCUGUUUCGAGAUGAAAGUUAGUCUAUCUGUCCGGAUGCAAGGGUGCUAUUUUCCCACUCGCAACCAUGGUGGAGUUUAGUAUCCAGAAAGACGCAGCACCGUGAUUCACUGCGAAUUUGAGACAGCGCUUUACUAUGGUCUGACUUUUCCUUUUAAAAUUUGGACGGGACUCUCGCGUUUUUCUCCACCCCUUCCGGACCAUUCCUCAAGGGAAGAUGCUUUUUAUUUAAACUCUCCCUGUGUCCUCGCUCCCAGCGCACACAAGCGAUCAUGCACAGCAACCAGUCAUGCGAAAAAAUCACCAGCAUCACCGUGGACGGGAGCCCCGUGGUGAGCACGCUCAUGUUCAUCGCGGGUGUGGUGGGCAACCUGAUGGCCCUGGGCAUCCUCGGCGUCCACCGCAAGGAGCACCGCGCAAAAUCGUCCGUCUUCUGCAUCCUAGUAACGGGACUCGCGGUGACCGACCUGCUUGGCACGUGCUUCCUGAGCCCACUGGUCUUCGUGUGUUACGCUCGCAGCUCCUCGCUGCUGGGCCUGACCGGCGGCAGCCGGCACCUGUGCGGCUUGUUCGCCUUCGCCAUGACGUUCUUCGGGCUGGCGUCCAUGCUCAUCCUGUGCGCCAUGGCCGUGGAACGCUGCCUGGCCAUCAGCCACCCGUACUUCUACUCCAAGCACGUGCGCCGUAGCUUCGCCAAGCUGGUGCUGCCGCUCAUCUACCUGGUCACCUGCGCCUUCUGCCUCCUGCCUUUCUUUGGCUACGGACAGCACAAGCAGUACUGCCCCGGCACGUGGUGCUUCAUCAAGAUGGAGGUGGACGGGGACGGCGAGGGUGGCCUGAUGGACGGUGACCGGCACACGCUGGCCUUCUCGCUGUCCUACGCCACGCUGAUGGCGCUGCUGGUGGCCGCCGUGUUCCUGUGCAACGGCUCGGUCAUCAUCAGCCUGUGCCGCAUGCACCGGAGCCAGAUGUCGCGACGAGGCUCGGUGCUGUCGGCCGGACGCAAGCGCAAGAUCAUGGUGUUCGGGGGACAGGGCGACGAGGAAGUGGAGCACCUGGUGCUGCUGGCCUCCAUGACGGUCAUCUUUGUCAUCUGCUCGCUGCCCCUCACGAUCUGUGGCUACGUCAGCGCCAUCUCGCCGACCGGCAACGACAACCUCAACUUGAUCUCCUUCCGCUUCUCGGCGCUCAACCCCAUCGUGGACCCGUGGAUCUUCAUCCUCUUCCGCAAGGCCGUCUUCCGCCACUUGCGGCAGCUGCUGCGCUGCCGUUUCCCCGGCAACGCCGUCAAGGCCACCGCGCACACCGCCCUGUCGCUGCCCCUGGAGGUCAGCGAGGCCAGCGCACCCAUCGGCGCCGCCCUGCAGGCCAAAGCCUAUGCCAGCCUCCCCCAGCAGUGAGGGCAGAAGACACCCAGGUCAGGGGACAAGGUUCAAAGGGGACAGGUGACACCUACAAACUGCUACUGGCAGCCAUUUUAGAAAUUCUCCCUAAAUGGGCCCAGGGCAUGUAGAUGAGGACCAGUGAAUGUGCUGGUGCCACCUGUGGCAUCUUGACCUAUCCAAAACAAAACAGAUUCUGUGAUUCUGGACUAAAUGACAAGGAAUGUAUAGUGAGAACAAAAGGCCCCAGACAUGGACCAAAGGCCAAAGGGCACGGUUGCAUAUUACUACUACUGUUUUUAGGGCUGCAGAACAAGGUUGCUAACCUUUGUACUGAAUGCACUGAUGAGAUGCACUGCUAAUCAUUCAUUGGUUUUGUAGUCUGAUUCAAAAAACGACUGAUUCCCAUGUCCUCAAACAACUAAAAGAUCUACUCCUUGGGAAGCCCAGGAAUUAAUCCAAACUCCCAGGGACACAAAGGACUGUGGAGAGAGGUCUUCUGACAGGGCCAAAGGUCCAGAGCUUUCAAACAGCAUCGUCUGACUGGCCAGAGUGUAUCAGCCAUCCUUGAACUAACAUGGUUGGGGCCGACACGCAAGCUUUCGCUCGCAGUGCAUAACACUGUAUGUGUGUGUGUGUGUGCGUGUGCGUGUGUAAAAUUACAGGAAGAAGGUUGAGGAUUUUUUGCUGGUCAAACUGCAGUAACUGUCGGUUGCUUGCUGACCUGGCGACUGGCCCAGACUACCACCUCACCUGCUUCAGAGUGUGGUGCUCUCAACACCAAAUACAAAUGUGGACCAUUUGGGAUUUUUGGCACGUCAUUCUAGAAUUCCACUGUGCAGAUCUAGAACUCACAUUGACAUCAUGCAAGUACAUGACAUCAAAUAGAAUCCUUGGUUAGGGACAAUCUAAUGACAUAUGACCGCACUCCCAAAGAACACCUACUCAUCUUCAGGUUGACCAUACCAGACAGUGUAUGCUCUGAGCUGUUUACAGACCAAACUUGGCAAAAGUGAAUAUGUGUGUAUCAGAAUGCAUUUCAUGGUUCAGUCCAUUGUGUGUGAAUAGAAAGAGAGAUCAAAGUUAUUUAAAAGCAAUGCCAUGUUCAAACUGUUUUCAAAGAGUGAGUCCACUGAUAAAAAACAAGCAAACAAACAAAACAUUAAUGUAACUGUAUUUUUACCACUAGUUGUGAGGAUGUUGCUUGGCGGCAUUUGCUUUUCCUGCACUGUAAAAGAAAGUUUAGUCCUGAAAAAUUAUACUGCGGCAAGCUGGAUGAAAUGAAACACAGUUGUUUUUAUUCUGUCUCAUUUUGUUUCUAAAAAUUGCUAAAUUUUGACAUGAAAAAAAAAAAAAAAAAAAAACAAGCAAGAUCCUAAAUGCAAAUAUUGAUGGGUCAGCUUCAUGCCCUCACAUCCCACAUAAUAACUUAAGUUUAUGCUCGAGACACUUUGCUCUGACUUUUCACUUUGUUAUUUAAAUUGGAGCCCAUAUUGUGCAAUUGUCUUUUAGAAGUUUUUUUUAUUAUUAUUAUUAUUAUUUAAAAUGUAUGCUUUAGUGAUGUGAUUCCCUGUGCUAUGACUCUUGUGACUGGAUUGUAAGAAAACUAUAUGUCAUCCAUAUGAUCAUUGACACACACAUGUGUGUGUGUCAAAAGUCCACAUAAGCAGCUGUCACUCAAACGACCACAGCUAAACAUGACUAACAGAGACCUAUGUGCAUGUUCUUCAGAGAUUACUGUUAGCCUUCUGCAGCUGACAGAUUAGGUUUUAGCUUUUUUUUGUUCCAUCUGGUAGUCUGGAAACAAACUAAACAGAACAUUUUAAAUUCCAAUCUGCCAGAGUGAUACAUGGAAAGGUGAAUGUCACCACUCCAUUACAGUCACCCUGAGGUCACAGAGGGCCCUGCAUGUCGGACUGUUUCUUCAAAGUGAUUAAUAGAAGAAAUCUCUAUUUUUUCCGUCAUAGCUUUACCAAUGCACAUAGUUUGGACGGGAUAUUGGGGGUUUAGGCGCCAGAUUUAGAAACAACUGGUAGAUUCCAAUCCAAGCCAUGUGGCUGUUUUGCUAACAGAACAAAGAAACAGAAUGGUGACAGGGACAAAAGUAAUUAAACUAGGGUCCAUACCACCAGGCAAGAUGUGAGAAUAGGUUAUAUUGCAGUAUAAUCUGAAGGCAAGAGGUGAGAAUAGGUUAUAUUGCAGUAUAAUCUGAAGGCAGCUUGACAGACAGACAAACAAGCACAUAGAUUUGAGAUAUGGUGUAUCAGCAGUUCAGGUCCCCUAACAUUUAGAUACGUUUAAUUUAAUACAUAGGGCUCUAAUUAAAUGCGGGGCAAAGUGCUAAGUCUAAAGUCGAAUAAAGUUUGCUUAAUAACUACGCAAAAUUGCAAAUUUAAUACCACGAGAAAGAUCCGAAGCACAAACAUCUAGAGUGAAACGGCUAAAAGCCAAAUCAUGUUGUUAGUUCAUGCACAAGAACUUUGUUCACAGACUGACUUUGCACGUUGCCCUGCAUUCAAAUGAGGGCCCAUAGAUGUGAAGCACUUAUAGCCUUCCAUCCCUUCAAACGCUACAUGUUGUGAUUUGUGUCUGUUUGUGUAGCCCAUGUGGUGCCAUGUGCUUGUCAUGAUAACUUGUGAGCUUCUGUCUGUGUGCAGUGUGCUGUGGUGACUGUGCUGACAUUAGUUUAGGACUCUGCAUGAUGUUACUUAGUGCCCGUCGCUAGUGUGCGCUGAAGCUGAACAUGGCCGACCUGGUGACCAGCGCUAUGACUUCAGCUCCAUUAAGGGGCAUUCUCUGGCAGGUAGAGCAGUUAGCUUGUUGCUUUAGUGUCUGAACAAAUAAACAGGUCAUAAAGAGGGAUUAGCAGUACUAAUCCAGCGGCGGCUAGGUGUAUCUGUUUUAGGUAAACUGAUGUGAUUUGGCAGGACAGUGGGUUUUCCUCAUUAAACACACUGUACACAUUGUAGAGUCUGUACUUUAUUUUCUCUCCGGAGCAGUCUGAUCAUUCCUCCUUACUCGCACUCUCUCUCUCUUGAUCGAGACCACCGGUUAGCGCUGUUUUUAAUGGCGACACUGAUGCGAGCUCCGAGAUUGAUUGCACAUGCCUUCGCAGAUCUUUAAAUAAAUAAAUAGCUGUGUUCAAAAGGCAAGGAGAAGACAAAUGUGUCCUGAGAAGAUUUGUCCAAAUAAACGAUCUGGAUCCUGCUACUGUAGUGUCAUCUAUCAACUCACCCCACGGUCACAUGUUUCAGCACCCAGAUGGGAUACAUUCCCUGCAGUUUAUGGAGAACCUUGCGCCAUAACUGAACUGUAUGGAGUGAGAGACACUCUAUAGACACAAUCAUAUCAAUGUUUUUGGUCUUUCAACAUUUCAAAACAAAUGCAUACUCACAAAUGUAUUUUCAACUGCAUUCAGUAUGCCAUUGGGUGAGUCUAUCUUUUUGUUAUUCUGUGGACCAAUGGCAGUGAAAAAUUAUUUCCAGACCAAGGCGGAGAAGAAAAAGCAUGUUUUCUUGUAGUCUACAAUUCCCCAGAUAUUUUUCUUGCUCAAAAAUCAACACCAUUAUGUCAAAUAUCGUCCAGGAUAAUUUGCAAAGGUCAGAGAUACAACUCUAUAAAAUGCCUUGCAGUUCAUAGAACAGUGACUGUUUAUUAAUAAUUCUUUUCUGAUUAAUGUGUAUUUUGGAGUUGAUUAUAGUGUCAAAACACUGGCGUACUUGUGCAAAUGUUACAACUUUCUGACUCUGUGAAUAAAUGUUCCCACCAUU